ACUAUUCAUACAUCGUAGUCAUGACACAAUGCACAUAUUAUGCAAGCAUUGCAAUAAUAACAGUAUGUAUGUGUUCUGUAGUGACUGCGGACUUAGCUUCAACAUGGAAAAGUUGUAAUUGUUAUUGGGGGACAUGGGAAGCUUGGUCUACAUGCACCAAGUCUUGCGGAGGUGGGUAUCAAAAAAGAAUGCGUAAAGUUGGGGCAGAUGAUGUCCCCGAAUGUGGCGUAUUUGAAAAUUGCGCAUCUAACGACAUGGGUUGGGAUUACCAGGCAUGUAACAGACAAUGCUCACACGGCGGCACGUUCCAAUCAUCGAGUGGUUUCUUCUCCGGAUUUUGUUCAUGUGCAGCAGGUUUUCACGGCCCGUGUUGCGAAGAAGAGGUAACGUGCGGCAGCCCAGGACCAAUCAGCCAUGGUUCUUACAUUGUAAAAUCGUACAAGUACAAUGGUAAGGUUGAAUACAACUGUAACCCAGGAUACACGUUCAGAGAUCCAUCGAAGAGCACUGUGCGCACAUGUACAGGCUCGUAUAGUGGAUAUUGGACCGGAAAUGCCCCGGAAUGUGCAUAUGCUCUGUCCUGCAACAGCUAUCCGUGCAAAAAUGGGGCUACAUGCACAAAUCUACCGGGAGACUACAAAUGCAUGUGUCGUCACAAUUGGUCGGGAAGAAACUGCGACAUAGAUAUUCAACCACCCGUGGUGACUGGAUGUCCUAAGCACAAAACUACAAAUGUGACAUCCAUGACAAGCAAUCAAACCUGGACGGAACCCGUGUUCAAAGAUCCACAUGGCUUCAAUGUAACGGUGUCUAAGAACUACCCACUCAGUAGUUACGAAUUCCCGUGGGGCGUACAUACGGUGCAGUACACAGCAGUGAAGCCGUCUAAUGGCUUAUCAGCCGAGUGCACUUUUGUAAUUACAGUGAAACCCAAUCCAUGUCCAACUCUCAAUCCACCAGAACACGGAAUCGUGGUGUGUAAUGGCUGGCACACCGACUACGCAAAAAUAUGCCACGUUUAUUGCUUGAAUGGCUUUACACUGCACCCUGGUUCCAAACGCAGCAUUAUCUACGUAUGUUUGGCUACAGGUGAAUGGAGCCCACAAUCAUACCCAUUUAAUUGUAUCAAGACUGGCGUUUUUGCAAACGAUGUGGCCGAAUCACUUCCAGCAUUUACUUCCUGCUCCGUUUCUGAUAAUGCCGUUGCGAAACAGUACAUACACGAUUUAAAGCAGUCAGUGUUUCAUUCGCUUUGUGAUGGCUUCACAGCGGAGUGCAAUGAAAGAAAGACUAAAAUAAGAUGUGGCUAACCAUCAAUCAGUCAUAGAGUAUAUUAAAGUAAACUAACAACAGAACAAUUUCCACCGAUAUUAGAUCUAAUUGUGUUUGCCUUUUUGGUCAUGAACAUAUUUGUAACUUUUAGGUAAUAUAUGUAGUGUGUGCAAAAAUUAAACGUAUGUACACAGCGGCUUCGUCAUAAAAACACUCACUUGAAAGUCUGCACUUGAAUUAAACGCAUGCAUUUCGUAAUUAUAUUUCUUAUAUCCGACAUUGACGAGUACUCGAAUAACAUGUAGUUAUAUCUAAACUAGAGAAAAUUUAGUUGCUCUCCAACUGUGCCGCGAAACUGUAAAUAUAAAGUAAUAUGCAAAGAAAAUACCGUUUUUAUUUUCAAUAAACAUUAUAUAAAUGUA